AUGCAAACAAGAAGGAUAAGGUACGAUGUCAUCGACCUGGCCGAGAAGAGACGACGCCAGCCUUUCAACGCCGUCUGCGAUACCGGAGAAGAACUGUUCCUCGGAACAUGCGACAGUAGAGGAGUCGGCGGCGUUGGCGUUCUCGUCAACGCGAGUUUGUCCAUGAACAUCGAUUCAUUCGAACAACUUGCAGCCCGAAUCAGACGUUUACGAUUAAAAAGAUGUCGAUCAAUACCCGCUUUGACAAUCUUAGCCGUUUACGCGCCGAAAUCAUACCAUGACGAAGAAGAAGUCGAAGAGUUCUAUAUGGACUUGGAAAAGUUCUACAGAGAAGACCAUGCAUUCCUCAAGGACAUCAUUGAGGAUUUUAACGCCAAGAUUGGACCAAGAAGAACGUCACAUUGGGAUCCACGGCUUAGAAUGCAACGAACAGGGACCGGCCAAGAGGUCGACUUGUCCCAAGAGUAUAAUGUUCUAGCGGCAACAGUUUCCAGCGUGAGUGUUUCCUCAUUGAUGCCCGAAAUUAGCGAGAAUCAUAGUGAGAUUGAUGGCGCUGAUAAUGGAAACUCAAGUGGGCAAACUUCAUCUCCAUCUCAAAGGACGACGCCUAACGCUCUAGAUAUAGCUCCUGCAACACAGUUGGAGGAUAAAGGAGAAGUUAAAACUAAAAGUGCAGAUAUUGAACAAUCAGAGGAGGAACUAAAUGAAACGUGUUACAAAAAAUUGCAUGGAAGUGCUCUGCUGGUGUGGAUGGAUGAACACCCCAACAUAGUAUGGUGCGUUAUGCCACUACAGCAGCGGCCGUCAUGGGUGUGGCAGGUUGCUGCGUUGGUUGUCUCGUAUAUGCGAGAAGAAUCCGCUGUGGUGGAGCACCGUUUCAUCACUGAUACGGCCAUAUUUUAG